AUGGUGGUAGUCCGCGUCCAUGUGGAGCAGCAUCAGACCGAACGCGAUGUUGCUCGACUUGCCAUACUCGUGCCGGAAGAGUUCCAAGAUGAUCCUAUCUAUGCAAAGCCAAGUGAGCGGCAACAGGACGACGCUAAAGCGGCCAAACAAGCUCGUCGAAAACACCGAGCUUCAAUGGCUGCAGCAGCGAAGGCUAACCAGGACCGCCGAGGCAGGGACGUUCAGGAUGAGAGUCGUCCUACUCCCAAGAAGGCUCGUAAAUAA